ACCCCGUGGAUUUAAAUUUCCACCGUGGGAAUUACACAUCACCAGUUUUUUUAAUCACCAUGUGAACCGAGUUUUUUAAAAUAAAAUAAAAAAUGCCCCCCACGACGACACGCCCCCUGAUAUUUCUACUUUUAUGGUACGCAUUCUCCGCCCUGACCCUGUUUUUAAACAAGUACAUCCUCUCGGAAAAGGGGGGCGACCCCACGUUGCUAGGGACGACCCAAAUGCUGAUGACCCUCACGUGCGGCUACGUCCAGAUGCACUAUCCCCUCGGGAUGACCACCAGCUCGUCGACGACUGGUCUCCAUGGAAACGUGAGACCCUCGAAAUUCAGGAGGCACAUGCUCCUCGUGGGGACCAUGCGCUUCCUCACGGUCCUCCUCGGCCUAAUCUCCCUCCGAUGGAUCCCCCCCUCAUUCACGGAAACAAUCAAAUCCUCCGCCCCCCUCUUCACCGUCAUGAUCUCCUAUUUACUAUUAGGUGAAAAGACCUCCCUCUUGGUCGGCCUUAGCCUCGUCCCCGUCAUGUCCGGCCUCGCUUUGUGCUCAUUCUACGAAAUAGAGUUUAACCUCACGGGCUUCCUCGCCGCCAUGGGCGCAAACUUCACCGAGUGCUUGCAGAACGUGUAUAGUAAAUUACUCAUAAGCGGCGGUUCAGCGGGUCAAUCGGGGCGCUGCACCCCCGCCCAACUCCAAUUUUACACCUCCCUCGCUUCUAUGAUAAUACAAAUCCCCACGGCGUGGAUUCUAGUCGAAAAUUUGGACUUUCACCUGUUUCCAUGGUUUGUGCUGAACGGGGUGUUUUUCCAUUUUCAAUCCAUAACUGCGUACGUGCUGAUGGAUUAUAUCUCCCCGGUGACUCAUAGCGUUGCCAACACGACGAAGCGCGCCCUUCUAAUAUUGCUAUCUUUAUAUUUAUACAAUAAACAAUUGACGCUGACAAGUUCCGUGGGGUUGGUCGUGCUGUUUAUGGGCGUGGUCCUUUAUAAUGAGGCCAAAAAGGUGCACCUCGUGGGGGGUGGGGGGGAGCAGGAGGUGCCAUUGGUGGGGAUGGAAUAUGGUGAUAAAAAUUGUGCAUAGUAGUGAGUUGUCAUGGGGAUUGGAUUUUUGUGGAAAUUGUAUAUUGUCAUGGAAACAGUAUUAUAGGAAUAAAAUGUUUUAUUUUUUAUGAGGGAAUAUUGUAAUGGGGUUGCCAUGGAGAUUUUAUUUUGUGAAUUUGUGAUCGAAAAUAAAAAGUUUAAUAAUGAACAAA